AAAAGAAAAUUUUAUAAAGUGGCUAAAAUACACAAGUGUGCAAGUGAACUUUGUACCAGUUCUCAGCUGUGAAAAACAAGAGGGGUAUAAAUACCAGAGGCCAGAGAAGGUUGUUGACAAAGAAGGGAGGCGAAUCUGAGUUCUGAGGAGCAGAAAAGAAAAAUACCUACCCUAGCCAUGUGGACAGGGCUUAGCCUUGUCCUGGCUCUCUCCCUACUACAUGGUAGUAGGGGAGAGAGUCAAGGACAAGGCGGCCGUUGUCAGGACGCCCCGGAGUGGGCAAUCAGAGAUGAAAAACCUAUGGAAACGUCACUGGGACGAGUGACUGUAGUUGCACUUCUUCAAGCUAGCUGACAGUUAUGUAUAAUGCAGGCAUCCAGAAUGGAAAACCUGCGUCAGAAGUUAGACAAAGAGGGCCUUGUAAACAUUACAUUCCUAAUUGUAAACCACCAUGACCAGAAAUCCCGAAAUCAAUAUUCUACAUUAAAAAGAAGUGUUUCGGAGUUUAUCAAGGUGUAUGAUCAGGAAAUAAAUCAAAAAGAUGUCUGGAAAACAUUAUCUGGAACAAAAGAUGACUUUCUUAUCUAUGACAGAUGUGGAAGACUUACAUAUCAUCUUGGAUUGCCUUAUUCACUGUUAAACUUUCCAUAUGUAGAAGAUUCAAUCAGGCGAACAUACUGCAAUGGUUUAUGUGGGAACUGUUCUUUACAGACUAAUGAAACUACAGAAGGCUGCAAGAAAUCUGACAUAAAAAUUGAAAAGAACAAUGAAGAUCACAUCACAAACAAUUCAAAAGAGGCAAGGCAUCACCAUCAUCACCACCAUCACCAUCACAAUCACAGUAAACCUUCAGGCCACAAUCAACACCACAGACACACUGAUCACCACAUGCAAACACACACUAAUGAGGAAGGCAUGUCCCAGCAACAGGCUAUGGAUCUGUCUUUACCUCUGGAGAAACCCUGAAAAAAAGGACUGGCUAGAUGAAAGAAACUGUAUAGCUGAGAACAGCAAAGUGAAAUAGGUCUAACAUCUGCAAGCUGAUGCUGACACUGACGUCAGCUAAUAAAUGCAGAACACUCUGCAAACACACCCAUUUGACACUGUGAGGGCUCACUGCCAGCUUCCUGACAGUGACAAGAUGCAAAGGACAAGAAUCGGUUCAGGGAAACUUGACAAUGACGCUUGUCCUCCUCCAGCUGACAGCUGUUAUCAGUGGCUGAUCAACUAGAGCAGUCAAACGAAAAUAAAAGGUCAUGAUUAUGAUCCCAAGAAAGAGCAGCAUGACAGUGACAGGAACUAGGAGUGUAAAUCCUUUGAUUAUAAACUCCUUGCAUACACACACAUUAUACGUAUAAUAUAUAAACUAUAUAUAUAUAUAUAUAUAUAUAUAUAUAUAUAUAUAUAUAUAUAGAAUAUAUUAGCUACCUUGUCACAUCAUGGAAUCUGGCCUGUUACCAACUAGUAUUAAGUGGGUUGUAUGCAGUGUCUGAUUAUAAUGUCUUGCUGAACUUUUUCCAAUGAUGCCCACCUUACCUAAAUGAUGGCAGGUGCAUAAACUAUGCUCUAGUGGCAUCUGUUUGAAGAUUGGCAAUCGAGGGCAGGAAAAAUGUUCUGAAGACAUUGUUAACUUAGAGCAGAUUAUUAAAAUAGUGAACAAAGUGGUAUUAUAAAAACACUUACUUUUUCAUCAUAAGUGUAAUGUAACUUUUAUACACAUGAAAAGGAACAGCUUUCAGGUGUAUUUUUUGUGAAUGAUAAAGUACAAAAAAUGCUUUUACUUAGUCACAACUAUUUUAUAAGUAUAAAAUUUGACAUAAAGAGUAUGUAAUUCUAACGUAGCUACAAAAAGAUUUAUACAUAUUAUUUCAAAAAAAGUGGAAGAGAAUUUCAAAAAACUAAAUGGGUUAGAUAAGGGUAUUUAGCAUACUUAAUGAUGGGUUCUAAGAAAACAGCUGUUCUUGGGCUACCUGAGAAAUUGUAUGGUAAAUGGUAGUUGGAACAAGUGUUAAAUGUUUAAAAUCAAAACCGGAUAUAUGGAGUGUACUUCAAAAUACUUCAAUAAAUCUUGUUUUUAAAACGGUAA